CAGCAGAACUCAGGAACAUGGCUUCAUCCUUCCUCUGCCUCAGCCUCCUCUUCAUCAGCCUCAGCACAGCAGAUGGAUUCAUGAUGUAUUGGGUGUCUCGCUGUAAGUUUAACUCCACUGAGCCGCAGGACAUCGAGUUCAUCAGGUCUUACUAUUUCAGGAAGGUUGAGUUCACCCGGUUUGACAGCAGUGUGGGGAAGUAUGUUGGAUACACUGAGUACGGAGUGAGGAACGCAGAGGCCUGGAACAAAGAUCAGGGAGAUCUGGCUGCUAUGAACGCUAAGAAGGAGACGUACUGCCAACACAACAUUGGUAUCUGGUACAGCAACAUUCUGUCUAAAUCAGCUAAGCCCUCCGUCAAACUUCACUCCAUGACUCCUGCUUCCAGUCAGCAUCCUGCCAUGUUGGUCUGCAGUGUCUAUGACUUCUUUCCCAGUGAGAUCAAAGUGAGCUGGCACAGAGACGGAGAAGAAGUCACCUCUGAUGUCACUUCCACUGAGGAGAUGGCAGAUGGUGAUUGGUACUACCAGACCCACUCACACCUGGAGUACACACCCAGGUCUGGGGAGAAGAUCUCCUGUAAGGUGGAGCACGCCAGCCUGGAGAAACCUCUGAUCACUGACUGGGAUCCCUCCUCGUCCAUGCCUGAGUCAGAGAGGAACAAGCUCGCCAUCGGAGCCUCAGGACUGAUCCUGGGUCUGAUCUUAUCUCUGGCUGGUUUCAUCUACUACAGGAGGAAGGCCCGAGGUCGUAUCCUGGUUCCCACUAACUGAGCCGGGAUCCUGCUACUGGUUCUGUCUGAUGUUGUAAAAGCAGCUGCUUCCUGUGUUCAGACUGAUGAUGAUGAUGAUGAUGAUGAUGAUCUCUAUCUGGACUCUGAACCUAAUCCAGGACCAUCUCAGUGUUGUAGCUGGUUGUUGUGGUUUCACUGGGAUGGUCCUGGGUCAGGUCUAAUGUAAACUCUGCUGUUUGAUGCUUUACCUCUGCUGUUUAAUCCAUGUAAUGUAAUCCCUGUAAUCCACGUCUCUGAAUGAUUUGGGUGUUUCUGCUGUUCUGAUUACCAUAGAUCACACAUUUUUACUGGAGGUCAUUGUUCCAAAAUAAAUUACUCAAACUCUCA